GCUCCUAAUCGUAGUUCAGAACUUGUUAAUGAGCUUGACGCAAGAGAAGAAUUGGGCCGUAGGACCGGCAACUCCACCAGGGUGGCUAGGGAGGCAGAAGACGCAGUUGGAAGACCAUUUGAAGUCGAGAUUGCCAUGACCAUUCAACCAAUGGUGAAGCAGACAACUCCCCAAGGUUUAGUCAAGGACAAGAAGCUCAAACACUAUAGACACUUUGUCAGAUUCAAGCCACUGGUGUCCUACCUGAACUUCACUAUCGCUAUUGCCAAGGGCAUUGAUCCAGCGACCGGCACACCCGAGGAAGACUAUAAGACGGCGCAGCCUCAUUUCUGCAUACCAAGGUCCAAACGUUUCGACCAGUAUAUUGCCAUCAAUUCGCAACAGGACUACGAAUACUUCCUCGAUGCUCUCAAGAGUAGUAAAUGGGUGAAUGCCCGCGGUCAGUGGGAGGUCUGGAGGGCGCCAGAGGUUGCACCGAGCGCAGAUGAUAGUGACGUUGAAGUAGUGUCAGCAGCCAAGAAGUCUAGGCAGCCUGCCGUUACACCUCUAGAACGCAGUCUACCCCUAGACGACACGAUCCCUGAGGUCAAUGAGCUCACUCGCAAGUGGCCAGUCUGUACGCACCCUUUGUGCAGAGAUUAUGUCAUCGAGAGAUGGGCUCUAGAUAUCAGGAUGCCAGGCUCACGCUACACAACCACCAAUCCACCUUCUCAUGUCCUCGACGACCUCCCCAUACCGCGCUUUGUCCCUCCAAGGAAGGAUGCCACUCGCCAUCGCUCACGCCCUAGUAUUGCCAGCAGUGCGCAAAGUGCUAGAGAGUCUACGCCAAGCAUUGUGUGCGACGAAGAGCUGAGCAGCUGGCCAUCUUCUAUGACAAGCAGCCACUCUACUUCUGAUACUAGGCGCAGCUUGGCAGACAUCACCAACUUAGCAGAUAGUCGACGUAUAGUCAGCGACGGCGCGUUGGGCUCUCAGGCUGCUGCUGCUGCAAUGCAGCCCAGAGCCACCAAAGAUAACCUUACAGGUCCAUACAUGAGCUGUCUCGACCUAUCCAGGGAGGGCCAUAUGUGGCAAGACGACGAUCUACUCAUCAAAUUAGCUAAUGUGUCUAUCUUUGACAUGCACACCCUAGCCGACAUCUGGCACUGCGACAAGCUGCCACAACUCCACUUUGGUCUCGUCGAUUGCUCUCGCAUUGAACAGAUGCUGCGAGCUUGGCAUGCAAUCCCUGACGCAGCUCCUAAUGAGGCUCAGACCCUGAAAGCGCAGCGCAUGAGGAUGAUAGCGCCAGACAAGAAGGAAAUGCAGCGAAUGGCGGGCUUGCUGCGUGAGCCAACCCCGCCUACGGCUGCGGCGGCUCAAAACCAUCCCUUGGAAGAUAGCCAGCAAACCUGA